GAUUUGAUCGUACUCUCUUUCCACGUUGAAGAGACUGUGUCGGAGGGUUACCUUAUGUGUGAACAAUAUCAAGUUGAAAUACUGCAAGUUUAAAAUGGGGAGAACUGUGCUUGCAGAGGAAAGGCUAGAAAAUUACAUUCAGCAACUUUAUGGAGAAAAACAGGAGUGUUUAGUGGGAUUGAUUAUUGGUCAGCUGACCAGCCAGAGAGACUAUGUAAUACAUAUGGCACGUACGCCACCUCCAGAGGAGGAAGAAGACAAAGAUGAGACCGGAAAAACAAAGUCUUCUAUGCCACCUUUGGAUAAGACCAGUGAACACUGGGUUGUGACCCAUGCAAAGCAGGUCGUUCGUAUGUUACCAGGGAGUAUGGAUGUCAUUGGAAUCUUCGCCAUGGCCCCUCCAGACAUGAUGCAGAAAGCACAGGCAAAACUUAGACAGCUUAUUUUUGCAAUUCACAAAGCUCUCAGCAAAGCUCAGAAUCUUUACAACAGGGACCCCCCUACCACUGACAGGGUGCUACUGCAGAUAUGCAAUACAACCAGAAAACUGACAUGUAGAACUUUUGAUGUGGCAGAUCAUAAGUGUACAACCAAGCCAGCUGAGUGGAAGUUUUCAUCAUUCCUUGAUGGCUGGUCCAGAGUGGAAACCAGUCUGUCAGUGAAUACAAGCAUUCCUGUGCCGAUUGAGAAAAUGAGUUCAGACCUAGAGAAACAAAUUCAUAUGGGUCUGGCUCCAUUCUGUGAUAGGAUAUGGAAUUCUUUAGGUACUAUCGAUGGUCAGUUCUGCGAUGUAAAACGUCUGCUUGAUACUUCUUCAGAAACACAGAAGAAAGGAAAGAGAGACAAAACAUCAGCUAAUAUUUCAAUGAAAAAAUUUAAUGUAGAUUUACUCAUGCAAAUGUCUUCAGGCAGCACAACAGAGCCUACUGUGACUUCCUGUGGAGCCACCAUGUUAAUUAGGGGUCGUAUAGUUGGAAGAGCAUUCCUACCUCACAAGGCAACAGUAGAGGAUGCUCUGAAGGCUAUCAAGACAGACCUGAUACGGAGUCUAAUAUCCAGGUGUGAUUUACUUUGUGAAGACCUACUGCAGAGUGAGGAGGAGCAGGAUCCUAAAAUUCUAUAUGAGACCCCAGUGCGGAUAUUCACAAAGCUUGGCUCCACCCCACUCACAAUGUGUGACUACAUAUUUCAAGAUGAGAAACUUCAGGAUGUGAUUGACAGGAACUCUGAAUUAAUGGAACUUCAUCUGACAGAUGAGCAAGUGGAGUUGGACUUUGAGAGAAUUCCAGAGGAGAAUGAACUGGUAAAACCAGAGAAGAGGCGUAGGACUGUGUCUGGUUCAUUUACAGAACAUAAAGCUAGUUCACAGAAUUCAGUCAUAGGAGUGGCCAUCAGUGGGGUAGUGGCCAUCAUUGGAGUGGUUGUAUCAUACCUAUACUUUCAGCAGGAAUGAUAUAAAGAACUUUCUCAGGAUAUGAAUAUUUAUUGUGGAGCCAGAGGGGACAUGGAUUAUUGUGUUGAUUCAGUGUUUGCGGCAUAUCUGGAGAGGGUUUAUAUAACACACUGAUGCUUGUCAGAACUUAGCAUCUUUCAAGGGAAAUGAAAUAUUUUUUAUAUCUUUACAUUUAUGUUACAAAGAUGUGGAUGUUUUUAUUUAGCAUUUGGAGCAGAACUAGGAAUGGGGCAUUACCCUGAUGGUCUAACAGGAAUGAUGUUGGUUGGAAAAUUGUUUAAAAAUGCUGGGAUUUAAGUGGACAUCAAAACCAGGUUAACCCCAUUAUAAUUGAAGCUAAUCAUGUGAGUCUUUUCAGUUAUUAGCUAUUAUUUCUGCUUUGGGUCAGUUGGUUCCUAAAUUGUUUUUGUUACAUACUGUUAAUAUUAAGUGCUGAUGGAAUUAGUGAAUCAUAUUAAAGGCCACAAGGAGAACACAAGAAAAUGAUUCGACAAAUAACAGACUUCUUGUUUUGAUAAGACCAGUUUUUAUUUUGGUGACUUUCAUCAUGGCAUAAUAUAUUUAUGAAAUUUUAUUAAUUAUUUUCAGGGAUAGGGGGCAUUUUCGUUCCAAGUUUCAUACUAUAUUAAACAAUUAUUUUGCCAGAUAGAUUUGUUAUUGGAUUAAGAUCAAUUUUCAAGACUUGACUUAUUGAUGUCAGUUUUGCUAUGGUUAUCAGUUGCUGAUAUGGAUCUAAACAUGUAAAGUGUUAGUUUGGAUGUUUUGAAUAUUUUCUUUGUGCCUGUAAUGAGAGUACCAUCAUGUUGAUGCAUCUUAAUUGUAUAUCUUGUGGAAACAAAGGGGCUUUGGAUUUAUUUGUUGUAUUUGAAAGAACAAGAAGAAAACAGCAUUUUGUUCAAUACACACAUUUAUUACUCAUUUCAGCAUAUUGCUGAUAUUACAAAAAGGUCUAUUAGUAUUAUCUAUGGUAUAAAAAUGUUCAUGGAUCCAAGGAUUUCUAUAUACUAAUUGAAGUGAAGUUUAGUGACAGUAUAGUUACUUUGGAACAAAAAUAACAGGUCUACAAACACCCAACAACCUGUACGGCUUGAUGAUGUUCUUUUGACAGGGGCCACACAUGGCUGUUCAUAAACUUGAUCCAUAGUAAGUGAUAACUAUCACUUGAAAUCAGACUUACGUAGGAUUUUUUCUGGGACCAACCAUCCCAAAUGUGCCAAACAAUGUAAAAACAUUCACUUCUACCAUGUAUAAACUUCAUGCUAAUUGGAAAGAUGGAAAAUUUAAAUUAUUGGUUAAUCUGUCUAACAGAUACUUUUGAACUGUUCAAAACUUUUAAUGUGUGUACACUCUUCUGGGAAGGGAAUGAUGUGGAAAUAUAGAUAAGAAUUAAAAAUAAAAGAAUGAGACAAAAUUAAUGUGCCUUUUUUUAUAUUAUAUUUGCUGUCUAGUUCCCCUUGGUAUCCAUGCUCAACUGAUGGUUCUCUCCACUGAAUGUAAACAGCACUUAAUUACUCUCAAUUUUGGAUUUUCAAUCAGAGGUUGAAGAGCAGAAAAUGCCACAGCCGAGAGUAAUUUUCGUGUUCAUUGGAUGAAGAGGUAACUUGAGGAUCACAACCUGUAAGCACUGGCACCUACAAUAAAAUUUAAAGAUAAAACA